AUGCCGGUAGAAGACCGUCGCGUGCUGGCAAGAGAACUAGGUGACCGUUACCGCCGCCAGUCGGUCACACAGUGUCCAUUUUCGACGGUGAAUCAUGGCCAUAAGAUGUGUGAUGCGAUGAUGACCGACGGAGGUGGUCACUCCCGACAAGUGGUCCGACUGCACGACCAUCGAUAUUUGAACGGCGUUUCUCACAGAACCGCUUCGAUGCGGUUCAGCGGCGACCCAGCAGCCGUCGUCGCAGUCGAACCGUCUACGAUGAGCUCCAUCAAUCACCGUCCCCCGAAAAUUCAGCCGCCACGCGGCACGUCUUUCGGAUGUUGGACGUCAACGGAUGGGCAGGAUGAUGAAUGCCAUGAUGGCCAUGAUGGCACGUUUCCGAAGCUUGCCGUUGCUCGGCUGAGGAGGAACGCGUCCCUCAACGACGCGAACUGCUUCUCGUCCGCCGAUUACUGCCGCUUCAGCAGCCAGCGACUCCGAACCACUCGUCCUCCCUGUCCCUCGUCCGUCUCCGACGCGCUUAACUCGAUUUCCGAUGGUCGGCGCGACGACGACCGAAGCGACUAUUGGCACUGGAUGUUUGGCUCUCUUCGUCAGAGGCCGUCUGCAUGCCCUGCUCGCCGCAAGAUCAUCACUCGAGUCGCGGUGCUGGACAUCGACCCUCACAACGGUAUCGCUGUUCCGUCCCAGCCCUCGAAACUCACCCCGCCAGUUUCUGUGCCUCAGUCUCGAAACUCGAACUUGGAGCGAGCUGUUUCAUUCAGUUCUGAGAGCCGAACUCUGCCGCCAAAGCUGCAGUCGUCUCCAGCUGCCGCCUCAGCGCUGUCCAGUUUGCUGCUUCAACCGCAGCUAUCAACGAGUCUGUCUCCAACUCCGUCGUCAUCUUCGUCGUUGUCUUCCUCGUUGUCGUGUACUUCCCGGCGAUCCUCUCGCAACAGUCCGUCGUUCAAGGACAGCUCGGAAAAACUUGAAUUUCUCAGAAACCAGAUGAACUUUGUUCGCAAGAACGACAUUCAAAUCAUCAAACAGCUGAAGCGGAUGGAAAGCGAGUUGCGACGAAAUGAGGACAGAGCGCCUACAAGCCAGUCCGGCAUGCCGCAGCACGAAUUCGCGAUUCCGCGGUGUCUCAGUGCCACUUGA